CGAGGCAAAAGGUCAUUGGUGUCACAUGUAUUUAAAGCAUCGGCCUCAGCUCCAAAUCAUCACUACGCUGGUAACAGUGCCUUUUGCCAACCAUAGUCAUGAACUCUUGCCAUCUCUUCGCUGUCAUUUGCCUCUGUGGGAUAUUUAUAUGUUCACAAUGUGACCAAACUGCCCAGGACAGGAUAGAGGCAGAGGUGGAGGGGUCCGGGGAAGUCCUCACCCACACAGGUAAAGUCCCGGUGGUUGAUGAUGAGCUGAUGACGACUCGGGUUCCCGACACAAACAACAAACAGACGACACGGGACAGCGUCAAGUUCACCAAUGAGGAAGUUCUUACCAAAGAUAAUAAAGUGUCUGGCUCCGGUGACAGCAAAAAGACGGCGUCAACAGAUAUCGUGUUCAUCAUCGCUCCAGCAGUGGUAGGGACUGUUGCCUUAAUAGCGGUUGUCAUAGCAAUAGUCUUCAUUAGGAGAAAAGGAAAACAGGACAAGGUGAUUUUAUGAACCCACAAAUAUUUGAUCGUCAGGCCGAUCUGUGAUAUAAUAUUAAGGAUUAAUACAAGUGGACAUUGAUGUGAUGGUCAAACCUUGCACCCAUUUUCUUCAGAAUUUUCGGUCAUAUUUAUUGCGGGUUUUUUUUUUUUUUUACAUGCACCGGACCUUCCUUGUUCCGUUUGUUUUCAUCAUCAACUGCAUAGUGAAGAUCAAUCAAUCUAUUUAUUUUUCGUCAGAUUUUUCACUGAUUAUUAUUUUUUUUUUUUGAUAUCUGAUUUCGUGACUACAUAAACAAAAAAAUCAUAAUUAUUGUUAUCUAGGAGCUGAUGACAAACCGAUGUUUAUUGUAGUUUAGGGUGAAAAGAGAUGAAAAGUGUUCAACCCCCACCCACCCUUACCCGACAUUGGCGUUUUGAGAAAACAUCCGCUUAUAAUACUCUCCGUUUAGAGUUAAGAGGUUGUUGUCAUUUUUGUAUGUGAAACAAAUGUUUAAUAUGAAUUGAUUGGAAUUAAAAACUUUAUUUCAAUA